UCUGUUUGUGUUGGUUCCAUCCGAGCUACAGUUGAGUGUUGAGACUUGAGAGCACUUCCUCCGCCGGAGAAGGCAGCUGAUGAGACGAAGGCGAGGGGAGAUGGUGCAGAACACCGGUCCUGCUGCGCUGCUCUUGCUCGUCUGCUUGGCUGCUCGAGCGGCUUCGGCCAUCCAGGAUGGCCUGCUGCCGAAUGGUAACUUCGAGGAGGCGCCGGACAGGUCGCAGCUCAACAGCACGAGGGUGAUGGGGCGCUACGCGAUACCGCACUGGGAGAUCUCCGGGUUCGUGGAGUACAUCGGGUCGGGCCAGAAGCAGGGGGACAUGCUCCUGCCGGUGCCGGAGGGCGCGUACGCCGUGCGGCUGGGCAACGAGGCCGCCAUCCAGCAGCGGCUCGCCGUGACGCGGGGCACGCAGUACUCCAUCACAUUCAGCGUGGCGCGCACCUGCGCCCAGGCCGAGGAGCUGAACGUGACGGUCGCCCCCGACUCCGACGUGCUCCCCGUCCAGACGGUUUACUCCAGCAGCGGCUGGGACUCCUACUCCUGGGCCUUCAAGGCCGAGCGGAGCGCCGUGACGCUCAUCGUCCAUAACCCCGGUGUCACUGAGGAUCCAGCAUGCGGCCCGCUCCUCGACUCGUUUGCCAUCAAGACUCUGCAGCCUCCUCAGCGAACCGAGAAUAACUUGCUGAAGAAUGGGGACUUCGAGGAGGGGCCGUACAUUUUCCCCAACACAUCGUGGGGUGUGCUGGUGCCGCCUCUGGACGAGGACGACUACUCGCCGCUGUCCCCAUGGAUGGUCCUUUCGUCAACCAAGUCCGUCAAGUACGCGGACGCGGCGCACUACGCUGUGCCUCACGGUACCCACGCCGUGGAGCUGGUGUCCGGCAUGGAGACCGCGCUGGUGCAGGAGGUGAGCACCGUGCCCGGGUGGCCGUACAGGCUCGAGUUCUCGGCCGGGGACGCCGGCGACGGAUGCGUAGGGUCCAUGUCAAUCCAGGCGUACGCGGCACGCGCGAGCGUGAAGGUGCCGUACCAGUCCCAGGGCAAGGGCGGGUACAAGCGCGGCGUGCUCGACUUCACGGCGAUCGCGAACCAGACGCGGGUGGUGUUCGUCAGCAUGUCCUACACCAUGAAGCACGACGGCACGCUCUGUGGGCCCGUCAUCGACGACGCCUCGCUCGUCUGCACGCGCAACCAUGCAUCUCGCCGGUUGUUUCUGUGAUUCAUCGUUGGUUAAGGUGAAGUGCUGAGAAUGCAGGCCGUAACUACUAAGCAUGGUGCAGAAUGCAUGGCUAUCGUGUAUACUUGCAUCUUUUUCGUUGGAAACUAAAGUCGGGUUAGUAUCACGCAUAGUACCACCGGAUAUGUUCAAAACAAAGAGAUGAGUAAAUCUGAGAUUCA